AUGAAUGCUAAAGACCUGUUCGAGGUAUUCAAGGUUUAUGGAGUCAUCUCAGAAGUUUCCAUUUCUGCUAGGCAAGAUAAACGAGGUAAAAGAUUUGGAUUCGCUAAAUUCCAGAAAGUUCAUGAUUCCCGAAUUCUUGCCUGCAACCUUGAUAUUAUUGUCUUGGAAGGAAAGAAGUUGUUUGUUAAUAUUCCCAGGUUUAGUAUGAAAAAUAAGAGGCAAUUUCCGGUUAGUGAGAAUUUGAGGAAGAUUAACCAAACUGGUCGCCCAAGUAGGUACGAGAAAUUCGAUACUUUGGAUAGAUUGUUUGCCAAAGUGGUAAGAGGUGCUGAUCCUAAGCCUGACAGAAAGGUCAUGGGAGGAGGAUCCUGCACAAAAUUAGAGGUGGAUGAUGAAUGGUUUAGGAGGUUAAAACGAAUGAGAGUGGGUGAAGUCAUGGAAGAUGGAAACGCGUUCAACAUUUAG